AUGGAAGGUAUAAAGUCAGUGUGGCACGCGGGCGUCAUCACGGAGACCAAGCCAGGAUGGUGCAAGAAGUGCCAAAUGCCAGCAACUCUGGAGCAUGUCCUCAAGGAAUGUCCUUACUGGCGUGAACAAGGGUUCAAAGAACCCAAGCUCCAGGAAUACUUGCGUCACAAAUACCCAUGGGAGUGUUUGUGGACAAGGGCACUCCUGCCAAAGCCGGCGGUGUGGCACCCGAAGCCGCCGGAACACCUUUUAGGUCUGCGAUACCAAGGAUGCUUCGCAGCUGAUGCAAAAGUGGAAGCGGAAGGCUUGAUCUUCGCCACUGACGCAAGUGGAGGUCCAGGAGGAAUAGACCCACGUGUACAAACAUCAGCCCUUGCAGUGGUGGCUAUGUCCUGGACAAAAGGUGUCCUGGUGGAAGUCGGACGGAUUACAGAGCUGGUCUACCCGUGGCAGCCGGUGGUGGACAUGGAGCGUCGUGCACUUUUCCGACUAAUGGAGCACACGGAGGAUCUGAUUGAUGUCACUAUGGAUUGCAAGCCGGCAGUCCAAGUGCUACAAAAAACACAACCGCCGGAGGAUGACCUGGAAUGGAGCAAAGUGUGGAAUGGCAGGAAACGUAUCAAGGCAACAUGGGUCCCGUCCCACAAAACUGAAGAGGAAUUCCUGGCGAAGAUGGGGCCGGGUACGUUGUGGCGACGUGCAGCGAAUGACAUGGCAGACAAAGUAUGUGGAGCAGUGGCGGCGGCUGCUUACAGCCCAGCGCACAAGAGGCGUGUCAAAGAAUUGGACAAUGUGGUGCGCACACUUUCCCUGGCGUACGGUGCACGCGCAGCCCACAUAUUGCGGAAGCGCAAAGAAGAAGACUUCCCCUUCAUCCUGGACCAUGCGCACUACAAAGAGAAGAUGGAAGUGGUCUUGGAGCAGCACUGCGUCAACCAGCCGGAGGCGCGAGUGCGUGAAGAGUGGGGAAUCGGCCGGACAAAGGCAAGGGCAAAAGCAAGAACAAGCAGAAGGAUCAGCCCCGUGAACGUUCCCCGCUUCGACAGGCCAGACACCCGGAGCAGCCUUGGGAUAGUGAAGAGGAGAGAGCUUCGGAAUCUCCGGUGGGUCCGGUACGCCUACGGGAGAGAGGAGAAGACAGUACGGCCUCGCCUCAAGCUGAGGGUGUCGAUGAAGAGCAAGAGGCAAGCCAGCCUCGUACAGUCACGCUGGCGGAAGGGCCAGGUGCGGGGCGCACUCGACGAGGAUAUGCUCUGGAUCGGCUAUGGGACCCUGUGGGCAGGAUGGAUUGGAGUCCUUUUCGACGAAGCGGUGGAGGGUUACUGCCACCACUACUUCUAUGGAAGUAUCAUCCGCAGGGCAGAGCUGUUCAACACAUGGUGGCAGGAACAUCGCCAUGAAGCCGGGGUCCUCAGACAGUCCCUGUUUUACCUGGUGGCUAUAACGUCAUGGCUGACCAUGCAAGGAGUUGCUCUAUCGGAUAUCACGGUGAGCAACGUUGGGCGCGACCCAAUGUCAGGAUCGCUACCACGGGCAAUGUUCUUUGACACGGCGGAGUGGACGACGCUGCAGGAGGAGAGAUACAAGAUAUCAUGCGGCCUCGUACGCCUCCUGGAGAAAUAUGAUGAGGAGCUACUGGCAACCAUACGUGGAUUGGUCAGAACGUACGACGGCAAGGCCAGCGCGCUUUGGAUGGCGUGCGUUUUCGGGGAUCUGCAAGCUGAGCACAACAGGAUUUUCUUCGCAGGUAGAAUCAGGAUGGUACAUGUGCUGGCUGCUGAGUACGGGCCACCGAAAGAGACCUGUGGUAAGACAAGCGAUGAAAGGUGCUGGUGGGACUGGCAUCAGGCUGCAGCAGUCAUGGGGAAGCAUUGUACUGUGUGUGCCCACUGCGAGGCGUGGAAAAAGGCCACUUACCGUGAGCGAGCAUGGUCAAGCCAGCGGAAGAAGUGGCAAUGGCCAAAGGAAGACGCUACUUGGUGGACAAGACCUGCCAAGAACAAAGAAGGGAUGGCCGACCAAGCCCUCACGAAGGCGUGGGGUACGCUUUCUAUGGAGGCAAAGAAGGCCAUCGAAGAAGCAGGAUGGAAGCCGCGGACGAUGGAGCCGGGGCCAAUUUGGCCCCCGGGAUUACCUGGCAAUGGAUCGCAGGCAGAAAGCAUGUCACAGAAGGAGUACCAUGCGGCCAUUGAGACUGUGUGGCAAGGAGCCGAGCCCGCAGUGCAAAGGCUCCUCAGAGCGGCGGGUAUACCCCCGCCGGGGGACUACAAGCCUGAGGACGAGACGCCAAAGCAGGCCAUCCAGGCCACGGAGCUGGAGGUAGCGGAAGCACAGAAGAAGGUCCAAGCCUGUGUGAAGGAUGAAGAGGACUCGCCAUACAAGGACGUCGCGGACUACCUGGAAAAGGAAGGGAUCAUCCUGUCUGAGGAGCAAGCGGAGGCGCUCAAAACAAGGAUGGCAGUCAAAGUCGUGGAGACAGACUGGACGGGAGUCUUGGGACCAAGAGGCAACGCCGACGGGGCGCGAACGCUCGCCGGCGCGUGCCCAGGGCGAGUGAAACCUCAGGCUGGGACAGGUCCCAGAUACUUCGGUCUGGGAGGUGCGGACCAUGAGGAUCUACCACAGGAGUGGCAAAUGUUGUGUCAAGUGGUGGGUAGAUAUGAUGCUUCCAGUGAGGCUGCCGCACUCGAAGCCAUUGAGAAACUGGAAGAGCAGGAACUCAACCCGCUACAACAACGAGCAUGCCACGAAGUGCUUCGUUCCUUUGUGGAGCAGGACGCACAAUAUGCCAAGUGGAUCUUGGCAGAUGUGGCAAGUGGGUAUCGCCAAGAUGAUAAGGCCGAAUGCAUCAAAAUCACCUCGGCUAACAUCACCAGCUGGAGGAAACCCAUAGCGGCAUGGAUACACGAACUAGGACCGGACCUGGUGGUGCUGCAGGAAACCCAUCUCAAGACAGAGGGUAUCCAGCAAGCCAUGAGCCAUUGCCAAGAUAUGGGAUACACCUUCAUUGGCAUGCCAGGCAGUACAAAAACUAAGGGUGUACAAGGAGGCCUGGCAGUGGUGGCACCCCGACAUAGGAACCUGCGAUACCUUAUUGAGUAUGGGACAGGACCGGCGGGCUUCCUGGCAUGUGCCAUGAGAAAUAAAGGCUGGGAUUUGAUCAUCGUCAGUCUGUAUUUGGAGAGCGGGGUCGGAUUCCAGGCUCCAAACAAUAUCCAAGUACUGGCGAGACUGAUAGCCUUUCUCAAGGGCUGCAAAGUGCCAUAUAUGGUGCUGGGUGAUUGGAAUGAAGCCCAGGAUACCAUGAGGGGCACAACUCUGGCGACAGAAGUUGGUGGUGCAUUUGUUGGAGUGGGGGAACCAACGGCCCAAGGAUCGGACGAAAUCGAUUGCGGGCUGGUUGCGAAAUGCUUGGUGCCCAUCCUGCAAGUGAAAACGGAUUGGGAAACCCCUUUUCGGCCUCAUGCUGCAAUGCAUUGGAGGGUGGCCCAACCGUGCAGUAGCCCUGAUGUUCCCCAGAUGAAGAAGGCGGGAGCACUGGUGACGGAGACUGUGGAAUAUGAACCAGUACAAAACACACAGAGCAUCAACAUCUUGGAUGAACCCAAGAUGGAAGAUGAGCUCAGUGAGACAUUUGCUCACCUGAGUGCCGGUGUGGAGAGGUCGAUCACAGGCCGAAUCGAUGGUAUGGGUGUUAAAUCGGAGAUUGUGCGGAAGAAAUUGGUGGUCAACAACCCGGAGAACGUUGUCUGGACGGGCAAGAGGGCGGCCUUUUGGAACCGGGUCCAACAAUGGGUCAAACAAGGCAGACAUCAUGGCGAUGCACAUCCGGUGGCGCGUCUGGUCCAACGCAGGCUCGGCGAGUAUUACGAGGGUGAUGCGCAGAACCAGGAGGAUAUGCUUGCGAGUAUCCUGGGCCGGGGUACGGACGCUAGGCUUGUUCUGAAGCGCAUCGACGAACAGCAAUGCUACGCGAGAAAGGCGGAUAUGGAGGAGACAGCCCACCAGUACAAGCAAUGGCUCAGUAAGGCCAUGGAAAAGGGCAUGCGACCAUUAUACAAUGCCUUGCGAAAAGAAGAACAAGUGGUACAAAGACCCUACAUGGAAUAUGACAUGCUGGAACGGCCACACAUUCGCCGAGACCACUGGGCGGCAGUGUGGACGACGGGCCAGCCGUUGGCAAAAUCGGCCUCGCUCAUGACGGAGCUUGAGGAUGCAGCCAAAAAACAAGCGGCCAGCGUGGAGCCGCUGAACCCUGUCGAGGUCAAGGCAAGGAUCAAAAAACUGGCACUAAAGAGCCCGGGGCCGGAUGGCUGGAGGAUUGACCAUUUGCAGGCCAUGGACGAUAAAGCAGUUGAAGCCGUUGUGUCCUUCUACCAUGAAUGUGAGGCCAAGGCAGCAUGGCCGCAGCAAAUGACAGUCUCCCUUAUAGCAAUGCUGCCGAAGAAUCUGACCCGGGAAAGACCAAUCGCCUUGCUACACAUCCUGUACAGGACUUGGGUCCGUCUGCGAUGGGAUUUGGUAAGUACUUGGCAGGCAGGCUAUGCCACAGCUGCCACGUACGACAAGGCAGUCCCAGGCAGUUGCUGCUUGGACGUGGCCGUCGGCAGACUACUGCGAAAUGAGGUGGCAAAGACAAAUGGAGUGCAUGUGGUGUCACUCUUUGUGGACCUCGAGUCCUUUUUCGAUACCAUCCAAUUUCAGCAAUUGAUCAUGGCAGCAACGGCCCUGCAAUAUCCACCGCUAAUCCUGAAGAUGGCACUGGAAGUGUACAUGGGUGCCAGAUACUUGGUGGCGGAUGGGGUGCUAUCGGCAGGCAUCAGAGCUACAAAUGGCGUGCAAGCGGGUUGCCCAGCGGCGCCAUCGUUAGCAAAGGUGGCAUUGCACCCGGUGAUAGAAAAGAUCCAAAGGCGACGAGAUGUGGCAAACGUGGACUGUUGGUUGGAUGAUGUCUCAAUUGACAUCCAGCAUAAGUCCUUUAAACACGUGGCGGAUAGUGCCAUACGAGUCUACCGCAGCUUAAAGGAAGGGAUGGAUGCUAAUGGUUUCACGAUUUCAUCCAAGAAGACAGGGUUUGUGGCCAGCAGUACCCAGGCGAGCAAGCACCUGCGUGAACUCCUGCUGCCUCAUGAGCCACAGGUGUACGACGUGAUGCGUGACCUGGGCGUCGAUAGUACAGGGGGGCGAAAGCGUCGCUUGGUGACGUCGGCAACGCGGGCCAAGAAAGCCCAUGCGAGACAUAGCAAACUGUCUAGGCUGGGGCCGCCGCCCAGCACUAAACUCCGCGUGGUCAAGGCAGCGAUCACAUCAGUUGCUUUGUGGGGGCACCCCUCUGUGGGGGUUUCACCCAAAAGAAUGAAAUGGCUCCGGACAGUGGUAGGAAAACACCUGGGUAAAUACAAGCUUGGGAGUUUGGAAACCAUCUUGGACAUGGGAGCCAAGAAAUGCCAGGAUCCAAAGCGCACAAUCCACAAGCAGCAUUUCAAAGUGGUGGCCAAAGUUUUCCGUGCAUGGAUCGGUGGCGGAAAAGCCCACUUUGACUUGGCCUGGAAAACCACUUGGAAGAGGUUGAGUGCGGCCAAACACCACUGGCCACUGGUCACGGGGCCGAUGGCUGCAACCAUGGCGUACUUACUGGAUCUGAAGGUAGAUGCCAGUGACCCAGGCAAAUGGAAGAGAGGUAGUGUCCUCAACGUUGAUUGGACCCAGCCACGCAUGGGUAGCCUCGCCUACAAAUGGCUUGAGGGAUUCCUGGAGGAACAGAAGCGGGCUGCGAUAGCGCGACAGGCAGGUGGCGCUGGUGCCCAAGAGGGGCUGGAUUGGACGCCGCAUCACAAGUUGACGAAGCUGGGAGGCCUAAGCCCAGGCCUUAUGGAAGGUAUAAAGUCAGUGUGGCACGCGGGCGUCAUCACGGAGUCCAAGCCAGGAUGCUUUGCAGCAGAUGCAAAAGUGGAAGCGGAAGGCUUGAUCUUCGCCACUGACGCAAGUGGAGGUCCAGGAGGAAUAGACCCACGUGUACAAACAUCAGCCCUCGCAGUGGUGGCUCUGUCCUGGACAAAAGGUGUCCUGGUGGAAGCCGGACGGAUUACAGAGCUGGUCUACCCGUGGCAGCCGGUGGUGGACAUGGAGCGCCGUGCACUUUUCCGACUAAUGGAGCACACGGAGGAUCUGAUUGAUGUCACUAUGGAUUGCAAGCCGGCAGUCCAAGUGCUACAAAAAACACAACCGCCGGAGGAUGACCUGGAAUGGAGCAAAGUGUGGAAUGACAGGAAACGUAUCAAGGCAACCUGGGUCCCGUCCCACAAAACUGAAGAGGAAUUCCUGGCGAAGAUGGGGCCGGGCACGUUGUGGCGACGUGCAGCGAAUGACAUGGCAGACAAAGUAUGUGGUGCAGUAGCGGCGGCUGCUUACAGCCCAGCGCACAAGAGGCGUGUCAAAGAGUUGGACAAUGUGGUGCGCACACUUUCCCUAGCGUACGGCGCACGCGCAGCCCACAUAUUGAGGACGCGCAAAGAAGAAGACUUCCCCUUCAUCCUGGACCAUGCCCAUUACAAAGAGAAGAUGGAGGUGGUCUUGGAGCAGUACUGCGUCAACCAGCCGGAGGGCAAGCUGGCUACCCAAGCGCAAACCCUUGUCAAUGGUGGAAGUAUGAGCAACGUCCAGUUUCAACAGCCUCGCGUUCAGUUUGGUGGGAAUCGGCCGGACAAAGGCAAGGGCAAAAGCAAGAACAAGCAGAAGGAUCCGCCCCGAGAACGUUCCCCGCUUCGACAGGCCAGACACCCGGAGCAGCCUUGGGAUAGGGAAGAGGAGAGUGCUUCGGAAUCUCCGGUGGGUCCGGUACGCCUACGGGAGAGAGGAGAAGACAGAGCGGCCUCGCACCAAGCUGAGGGUGUCAAUACAGAGCAAGAGGCAGGCGAGCCUCGUACAGUCACGCUGGCGGAAGGGCCAGGUGCCCACAAUAUGGCCUCGCAGGAAGCUGAGGGAAAGGAGAAAAAGGUGCAGGGCGCACUCGACGAGGAUAUGCUCUGGAUCGGCUAUGGGACCCUGUGGGCAGGAUGGAUUGGAGUCCUUUUCGACGAAGCGGUGGAGGGUUACUGCCACCACUACUUCUAUGGAAGUAUCAUCCGCAGGGCAGAGCUGUUCAACACAUGGUGGCAGGAACAUCGCCAUGAGGCCGGGAUCCUCAGACAGUCCCUGUUUUACCUGGUGGCUAUAACGUCAUGGCUGACCAUGCAAGGAGUUGCUCUAUCGGAUGUCACGGUGAGCAACGUUGGGCGCGACCCAAUGUCAGGAUCGUUACCACGGGCAGUGUUCUUUGACACGGCGGAGUGGACGACGCUGCAGGAGGAUAGAUACAAGCUAUCAGGCGGCCUUGUACGCCUCCUGGAGAAGUAUGAUGAGGAGCUACUGGCAACCAUACGUGGAUUGGUCAGAACGUACGACGGCAAGGCCAGCGCGCUUUGGAUGGCGUGCGCGUGGAAAAAGGCCACCUACCGUGAGCGAGCAUGGUCAAGCCAGCGUAAGAAGUGGCAAUGGCCAAAGGACGACGCUACAUGGUGGACAAGACAGGCCAAGAACAAAGAAGGGAUGGCCGACCAAGCCCUCACGAAGGCGUGGGGUACGCUUUCUAUGGAGGCAAAGAAGGCCAUCGAAGAAGCAGGAUGGAAGCCGCGGACGAUGGAGCCGGGGCCCAUUUGGCCCCCGGGACUACCAGGCAGUGGAUCGCAAACCGAAAGCAUGACGCAAAAGGAGUACCACGAGGCCAUUGAAACGGUGUGGCAGGGAGCUGAGCCCGCAGUGCAAAGGCUGCUCAGAGCAGCGGGUAUUCCCCCGCCAGGGGACUACAAGCCUGAGGACGAGACGCCAAAGCAGGAGCUCAGCCGCCAUGUUGGUACAUACAGAAGGACGACAAACAAGCUGAGAUCACUCAUUGAGAAGAAGGUCCGGCUUCAAGACAAAACGGAGAAGAUCAAGAGUGAGUUCGAGCAGGCCAUGAAGCAGCUUGCGCAAGUCAGCCAGGCCAUCCAGGCCACGGAGCUGGAGGUAGCGGAAGCACAGAAGAAGGUACAAGCCUGUGUGAAAGAUGAAGAGGACUCGCCAUACAAGGACGUCGCGUCCUACCUGGAAAAGGAAGGGAUCAUCCUGUCCGAGGAGCAAGCGGAGGCGCUCAAAACGAGGAUGGCGGUCAAGGUCGUGGAGACAGAUUGGACGGGAGUCUUGGGACAAAGAGAGCCGGGCAUGCCAGCCGAACUAGGCAUCUAUGGGCCGAUGCGCAUGCUGGGACAGGAGCGGAGGGGCCGACACCUCAGGGCAGCUCCUGGUCCGAACAGCCAAAAUAUGAAGGCAAGACAAGUAGAGGAGUCUCAAUGGGGAGACUCUGAUAUCUCUUUUGAUGGUGGCCGGAAGCAGUGUUACGGGGACAUUGUAUGGUCACAGGCACAUGGGGAAGGCAGUCAAGCUGUGUUUAGUACCCAGGUGCCUAGCACAAACAGCACAGUGGAAGACAGCCAAGAGAGCUGGAGUCCAGUUACGAGGGGUCCGGAGCCUGACCGAGCUGUGGACAGCAGUUGGGCGGUCACAGGGCCCAGAUACUUCCAUAUAACAAGGGAAGACAUCGAAGAGGAAUGUGAGCAUUCGGCCUCGCGAGAAGCUGAGGGAAGCCAAAUACAGAUGAGAGACCAUGCAGCGGUUAGAGGGGAGAACAUGAAGGCCUCGCAGGAAGCUGAGGAAACACGAUUCUCGGCCUCGCCGUGUGCUGAGGGUCGCAGAGGAAAACAAAAGCCCAAGAAGCGGAAAGCAAAACCCACGGAACCACCAAAAGAUCUGCCACAGGAGUGGCAAACGCUAUGCCAAGUGGUGGGUAGAUAUGAUGCUUCCAGUGAGGCUGCUGCACUCGAAGCCAUUGAGAAGCUGGAAGAGCAGGAACUCAACCCGCUACAACAACGAGCAUGCCACGAAGUGCUUCGUUCCUUUGUGGAGCAGGACGCACAAUAUGCCAAAUGGAUCUUGGCAGAUGUGGCAAGUGGGUAUCGCCAAGAUGAUAAGGCCGAAUGCAUCAAAAUCACAGCGGCUAACAUCACCAGCUGGAGGAAACCCAUAGCGGCAUGGAUACACGAACUAGGACCGGACCUGGUGGUGCUGCAGGAAACCCAUCUCAAGACGGAGGGUAUCCAGCAAGCCAUGAGCCAUUGCCAAGAUAUGGGAUACACCUUCAUUGGCAUGCCAGGCAGUACAAAAAUUAAGGGUGUACAAGGAGGCCUGGCAGUGGUGGCACCCCGACAUAGGAACCUGCGAUACCUUACCGAGUAUGGGUCAGGACCGGCGGGCUUCCUGGCAUGUGCCAUGAGAAACAAAGGCUGGGAUUUGAUCAUCGUCAGUCUGUAUUUGGAGAGCGGGGUCGGAUUCCAGGCUCCAAACAAUAUCCAAGUACUGGCGAGACUGAUAGCCUUUCUCAAGGGCUGCAAAGUGCCAUAUAUGGUGCUGGGUGAUUGGAAUGAAGCCCAGGAUACCAUGAGGGGCACAACUCUGGCGACAGAAGUUGGUGGUGCAUUUGUUGGAGUGGGGGAACCAACGGCCCAAGGAUCGGACGAAAUCGAUUACGGGCUGGUUGCGAAAUGCUUGGUGCCCAUCCUGCAAGUGAAAACGGAUUGGGAAACCCCUUUUCGGCCUCAUGCUGCGAUGCAUUGGAGGGUAGCCCAACCGUGCAGUAGCCCUGAUGUUCCCCAGAUGAAGAAGGCGGGAGCACUGGUGACGGAGACUGUGGAAUACGAACCAGUUCAAAACACACAGAGCAUCAACAUCCUGGAUGAACCCAAGAUGGAAGAUGAGCUCAGUGAGACAUUCGCUCACCUGAGUGCCGGUGUGGAGCGGUCGAUCACAGGCCGAAUCGAAGGUAUGGGUGUUAAAUCGGAGAUUGUCCGGAAGAAGUUGGUGGUCAACAACCCGGAGAACGUUGUCUGGACAGGCAAGAGGGCGGCCUUUUGGAACCGGGUCCAACAAUGGGUCAAACAAGGCAGACAUCAUGGCGAUGCGCAUCCGGUGGCGCGUCUGGUCCAACGCAGGCUCGGCGAGUAUUACGAGGGUGAUGCGCAGAACCAGGAGGAUAUGCUCGUGAGUAUCCUGGGCCGGGGUACGGACGCUAGACUUGUUCUGAAGCGCAUCGACGAACAGCAAUGCUACGCGAGAAAGGCGGAUAUGGAGGAGACAGCCCACCAGUACAAGCAAUGGCUCAGCAAGGCCAUGGAAAAGGGCAUGCGACCAUUAUACAAUGCCUUGCGAAAAGAAGAACAAGUGGUACAAAGACCCUACAUGGAAUAUGACAUGCUGGAACGGCCACACAUUCGCCGAGACCACUGGGCGGCAGUGUGGACGACGGGCCAGCCGUUGGCAAAAUCGGCCUCGCUCAUGACGGAGCUUGAGGAUGCAGCCAAAAAACAAGCGGCCAGCGUGGAGCCGCUGAACCCUGUCGAGGUCAAGGCAAGGAUCAAAAAACUGGCACUAAAGAGCCCGGGGCCGGAUGGCUGGAGGAUUGACCAUUUGCAGGCCAUGGACGACAAAGCAGUUGAAGCCGUUGUGUCCUUCUACCAUGAAUGUGAGGCCAAGGCAGCAUGGCCGCAGCAAAUGACAGUCUCCCUUAUAGCAAUGCUGCCGAAGAAUCUGACCCGGGAAAGACCAAUCGCCUUGCUACACAUCCUGUACAGGACCUGGGUCCGUUUGCGAUGGGAUUUGGUAAGUACUUGGCAGGCAGGCUAUGCCCAAACUGCCACGUACGACAAGGCAGUCCCAGGCAGUUGCUGCUUGGACGUGGCCGUAGGCAGACUACUGCGAAAUGAGGUGGCGAAGACAAAUGGUGUGCAUGUGGUGUCACUCUUUGUGGACCUCGAGUCCUUUUUCGAUACCAUCCAAUUUCAGCAAUUGAUCACGGCAGCAACGGCCCUGCAAUAUCCACCGCUAAUCCUGAAGAUGGCACUGGAAGUGUACAUGGGUGCCAGAUAUUUGGUGGCGGAUGGGGUGCUGUCGGCAGGCAUCAGAGCUACGAAUGGCGUGCAAGCAGGGUGUCCAGCUGCGCCAUCGUUGGCAAAGGUGGCAUUGCACCCGGUGAUAGAUAAGAUCCAAAGGCGACGAGAUGUGGCAAACGUGGAUUGUUGGUUGGAUGAUGUCUCAAUUGACAUCCAGCAUAAGUCCUUUAAACAAGUGGCGGAUAGUGCGAUACGAGUCUACCGCAGCUUAAAGGACGGGAUGGACGCUAAUGGUUUCACGAUUUCAUCCAAGAAGACAGGGUUUGUGGCCAGCAGUACCCAGGCGAGCAAGCACCUGCGAGAACUCCUGUUGCCUCAUGAGCCACAGGUGUACGACGUGAUGCGUGACUUGGGCGUCGACAGUACAGGGGGGCGAAAGCGUCGCUUGGUGACGUCGGCAACGCGGGCCAAGAAAGCCCAUGCGAGACAUAGCAAACUGUCCAGGCUGGGGCCGCCGCCCAGCACUAAACUCCGCGUGGUCAAGGCAGCGAUCACAUCCGUUGCUUUGUGGGGGCACCCCUCUGUGGGGGUAUCACCCAAAAGAAUGAAAUGGCUCCGAACAGUGGUAGGAAAACACCUGGGUAAAUACAAGCUUGGGAGUUUGGAAACCAUCUUGGACAUGGGAGCCAAGAAAUGCCAGGAUCCAAAGCGCACAAUCCACAAGCAGCAUUUCAAGGUGGUGGCCAAAGUUUUCCGUGCAUGGAUUGGUGGCGGAAAAGCCCACUUUGACUUGGCCUGGAAAACCACUUGGAAGAGGUUGAGUGCGGCCAAACACCACUGGCCACUGGUCACGGGACCGAUGGCAGCAACCAUGGCGUACUUAAUGGAUCUGAAGGUGGAUGCCAGUGACCCAGGCAAAUGGAAGAAAGGAAGUGUCCUCAACGUUGAUUGGACCCAGCCACGCAUGGGUAGCCUCGCCUACAAAUGGCUUGAGGGAUUCCUGGAGGAACAGAAACGGGCUGCAAUAGCGCGACAGGCAGGUGGCGCUGGUGCCCAAGAGGGGCUGGAUUGGACGCCGCAUCACAAGCUGACGAAGCUGGGAGGCCUAAGCCCAGGCCUUAUGGAAGGUAUAAAGUCAGUGUGGCACGCGGGCGUCAUCACGGAGUCCAAGCCAGGAUGCUUCGCAGCUGAUGCAAAAGUGGAAGCGGAAGGCUUGAUCUUCGCCACUGACGCAAGUGGAGGUCCAGGAGGAAUAGACCCACGUGUACAAACAUCAGCCCUCGCAGUGGUGGCUAUGUCCUGGACAAAAGGUGUCCUGGUGGAAGUCGGACGGAUUACAGAGCUGGUCUACCCGUGGCAGCCGGUGGUGGACAUGGAGCGCCGUGCACUUUUCCGACUAAUGGAGCACACGGAGGAUCUGAUUGAUGUCACUAUGGAUUGCAAGCCGGCAGUCCAAGUGCUACAAAAAAUACAACCGCCGGAGGAUGACCUGGAAUGGAGCAAAGUGUGGAAUGACAGGAAACGUAUCAAGGCAACAUGGGUCCCGUCCCACAAAACUGAAGAGGAAUUCCUGGCGAAGAUGGGGCCGGGUACGUUGUGGCGACGUGCAGCGAAUGACAUGGCAGACAAAGUAUGUGGAGCAGUGGCGGCGGCUGCUUACAGCCCAGCGCACAAGAGGCGUGUCAAAGAAUUGGACAAUGUGGUGCGCACACUUUCCCUGGCGUACGGUGCACGCGCAGCCCACAUAUUGCGGAAGCGCAAAGAAGAAGACUUCCCCUUCAUCCUGGACCAUGCGCAUUACAAAGAGAAGAUGGUGGUCUUGGAGCAGUACUGCGUCAACCAGCCGGAGGAGCAGUUCCUGGAAACAGACCCCAAGAGGGCAAACUACACUCACCUAAAAGCGGCGUGUCGCAGUCUCGCUCGCUGCAGCACAAGGAACGAUUGGGUCUACCAAGCGGAGACCUACCUCAGUGAAGAGCGGAAGAUCAGCCCCGUGAACGUUCCCCGCUUCGACAGGCCAGACACCCGGAGCAGCCUUGGGAUAGUGAAGAGGAGAGAGCUUCGGAAUCUCCGGUGGGUCCGGUACGCCUACGGGAGAGAGGAGAAGACAGUACGGCCUCGCAUCAAGCUGAGGGUGUCAAUGAAGAGCAAGAGGCAAGCCAGCCUCGUACAGUCACGCUGGCGGAAGGGCCAGGUGCCCACAAUAUGGCCUCGCAGGAAGCUGAGGGAAAGGAGAAAAAGGAAGCCAUGGGGCAAGUCAAGCCUGUGCACCUUUUGGUGCAUGGUGGCUAUAACGUCAUGGCUGACCAUGCAAGGAGUUGCUCUAUCGGAUAUCACGGUGAGCAACGUUGGGCGCGACCCAAUGUCAGGAUCGCUACCACGGGCAGUGUUCUUUGACACGGCGGAGUGGACGACGCUGCAGGAGGAGAGAUACAAGAUAUCAUGCGGCCUUGUACGCCUCCUGGAGAAAUAUGAUGAGGAGCUACUGGCAACCAUACGUGGAUUGGUCAGAACGUACGACGGCAAGGCCAGCGCGCUUUGGAUGGCGAAUCCCAAAAAAGGAGGCCCGGACGGCUGGGAUUUCAAUGAUCUUCGAGACCUGCCUCGGGACGCGUAUGCCGUCCUAGCCAACGUCUUCAACAAAAUGGAGGAGGACCUUGCCAUUCCCCUCCAAGUCUCCCAGGUCCAGAUUGUUCUUCUGGCCAAGAGUGCCUUGAAGGAAAGACCUAUCGGUCUUACAUCGGUCCUGUGGCGGCUUUGGUGUAAGACUCGGCGGUUCUUGGUCAGCCAGUGGCUGGACUCCUACAUCCCGGAUCAUCCUUUUGACUCGGCGAUUCCAGGUCGAACCUCGUUGGACGUUGCCCUGGCCAGGAAAUGCUCCAAAGAAUCCGCCAGAGUCAAGGGUUUGCACACUGUCUCGUUGUUUGUUGACAUUAAUGGGUUUUACGACAGCGUCUCUUGGCAGCGGCUUUGCGAACAAGGCUUGCGGUUGUCUUUCCCAGCCUUGGCCCUGUGCCUUUCCCUUCGCCUCUACCAAGGAGGCCGCACGGUGGUGGGUGAAUCCCAGCCCAGCCCCACUAUUUUCCCAGGCCGGGGCAUGAUCCAGGGAUGCCCGUACGCCCCCACCGUGGCCAAGCUCACCAUGUCUGAACCCUUACACAGACUGAAACGAGUCACAGGCUUGCAUCAUUGCGACGUAUGGUUGGAUGAUGUCUCUGCAGACUCCCUCCAUGCCUCGCCAGAUAUAGCCGCGGGCGCGGCAUAUGAAGCCUUUCGAGUGCUCAAGGCCAGUCUUCAGGCUGAAGGUCUCGUCCUCAGCCAAGAGAAAACAAAAUUUGUGGCCGGGACACCCCGCUCGGCCGCGGCGCUGCGACAGCUGCUGCGGCCGGGGGACCCUGACAUAGUCGACGUGGUCAAGGAUUUAGGCCUUGAUAGUGGCAGUGGCCGCCGGCGCAGGACUACUACUGCCCAGAAACGCUUUCGGGUAGGUAGCCUUCGUAACCUGAAGUUGGGCAAGCUUCGUAUCCCGGCACGCCGCGUCCGGCUACGGAGCCGAUAUGGUUCCACGGAUACCAUCCUAGAUAUGACGGCCCAUGAGGUUCAGGAUCCCUACCUUAUUGUGGUAACCCAGCACGUGGAAAGUCUUUUCAGGAUGAUGGCCAGAUGUAACCGCAUGGGAUGGGAGGCAGUAAAGGACACUUGGCGGGUGGUCUGGAAGCGGCUGGAGGCUGCGAAGCACGGUUGGCCCGUGGUCACUGGACCCAUCUCUGCCAUGUGUCAAUACCUCCGCGACCUCCAGGUCGACGGCCACGAUCCUUCCCGCUGGGUUUUUGAGGAGCGUGUUCUCGAAAUCAAGCCCUCUGAGGUUUCGGUUGUCUGUCAAACCUCGUCUUUCCUCACGGACAUCAUCAAGACCCAGAGGUCUCGUCGCAUCGGAUCGGCCUCGUCGGCAGCGGGUGCUGCGGGCGGGGUCGAUUGGACGGUCCCGCGUCGCCUGCUCAAGUCAGUGCGCACCAAAACAACCCGGUACGCCUAUCGGGCUGUUUUCCAAGGGUCCAUUCUUCAUAAUGGCAAUGGUGGCAAGGAUAUCUGUAAGUUUUGUGGCGAUCCCGGGGCCACCCUGCGUCACCUCAUGUAUGAGUGCCCUUCCUUCCCUGGUGGCAUGCGGUUACCGGGGUACGUUCUGGCGGAGAAGCGCCGUUUCCCUGAUGACUGCCUGUGGCUUCGGGGUAUGCUUCCCCUUAAAUACCUCCCAGUCGCUCCCUCGGGGGACCUAGAAGUGGUCAAGACAGGCGUGUUUCUCACGUCCUCCCAGGUAGUAGCAGACGGGUUGGUGGUUGCUACGGACGCGUCAGGGGGAAAGUUCACCAAGGCCAACCAGUGCGCCGACGAGUUGGCAGGCAAACGAGCUGCCACCAUACCGCCUGUAGCAGGGCGGAAAGUCCAGGACCUGGAUAGUUCUGGCCUACCCUUCACCCGACGCACCGGCUCGAAAAUGAGGGACGUAGAUGGCUGUGCUCCGGGUGCCAUCUUACCCUCCUUCCAGGCUGCAGAGUCGCACGUGUCUGAGGGGUCGUGGCCCCUUCUGGCGCGAGCAGCGCCAACGAAUGGCAGAGGGGAAGUCGUGGCGCUCUACGGAGACGACCAGCAGGAAGGGGCACCCCUCCCUGAGGAGGCGGCACCUAAAGGAGUCCCCCUGGGCCGGCGGCAACGCAUGCGUAGAGAAGCUCAGGACUUUACCCCGGGUGUGCACGCGGCUGGUGAAGCAGCAAGCUACAUCAAGCGGCCCACCUCGCCUCGGCACUUCCUCCCUCCAGAUCUCACACUUACGUGGGACCCGAUUCGCCAGGUCGUGGUGGAAGCCCGAGUUCUCACGCGCCUGGGCUGGGGACAAAGCCGUGUAGGCUACCAGCUGUCUCAGGCGUUGGUCUUGAAGCUCACGGAUGAUGCAUCCUUAAACGGUCCGGAGAUUGAUAUGGCGCGGCGUUUUCCCCGGCUCAUGGCUCCCAUCCUUACCAGUGGCUCCAUGUGGAUUGGACUAGGGCCUGAAGGAGAGCCAGGUGCGGGCCUGCAUCGUUUCCUGUACCACGUGCAAGAGCAUCGCUGCCAGGCCCGUGAGUGGCUCCAGGAAAAUGCUGCCAAUGGUCUCCGUGUUCACUCCUACCUCCUGGCCACGUUGGCCACCUUGUUGCACUUGUAUGCCUGUGGGGUUGAUGCCAAGGAUGUGGGCAUUUCAAACCUGAGCCACAGGCCGCUGGGCACGAGGGUGGUUCCCCUUCCGGCCUUCAUCGAUGCCAACAACUGGGGCCCCUCCCAAGGGAGGCCGGAAUGGACUGGCUUUUGGAGGGUAGUUGCCAAAUACUGCCCAAAUGAUGUGGGCUACUUUCGGCAAGUUUCCAGGGGUCCACCUCAAGCGUGUUUUGACCAGAUCUGCAACACCCUUGGACCUUUGGGGGAAGAAGUUCGCUGGCUAUGCACUACCCCGGCCUAG